AUGGGUGCCCAGCUCCAGUGGAAGCACUGUUCCACUGGGUGCAGCUCCAAUUCAGCUGCAGCCCCUGUUAUAAAUGAACAUACCAAUGCCCAGCUACAUGACCUGGUGAGAAGGAUGCAUCACAGGACAGCCAUCUACAAGAGGAGGUUGGCAAAAGGAUACCUGUCCUCCCCUAAACUCAGCUCCUAAACUGCAAAACCUACAGCUGUAUUGUCAAUAAAAGAAAGCACUGCUCAGCUUAAAGAAGAACAUUAUUGUGGCAUGUUGUGUGGCAAACCCCAGGUGCCUCUGACAGAGUACCCAAGGCAAAUCAGACUUCCAAGAAGCAUAGAUUCACACACAGAUCAACUCUAUCUCCUGUGGCUCUUGCUUGUCAUCACUGCCUACAACUGGAACUGCUGACUGAUCCCAGUGUGCCUGGUCUUUCUAUAUCAAACACUGAACAACAUGUGGUACUGGCUUAUGGUGGAUAUUGUAUGUGAUGUCAUCUACCUUUGAGAUGGUAUGCUGUUAAUCCAGCCCAGACUCCAGUUUGUAAAAGGAGGAGACAUAAUAUAUAUGUCAUUCUUUGUGUUUAAUCAUCUCCUGGAGUCAAUAAUGGACAAGGUAUAUAUCUACAGAAUCAUUCAAACAAAAGGAUACUUUCUGUUUGCUCUCCAUGUGAAUGCCUGCAUUUAUUACUGGGCAUCAGACUAUGAAGGAAUUGGAACUACUAAAUGGGUGUAUAAUGGUGAAGGAAACAAGUGUCUGAGGUGUUAUUACUGGGCAGUUCGAAGUUUGAUUACCAUUGGGGGCCUUCCAGAAGCACAAACUUUAUUUGAAAUUGUUUUUCACUUGCUGAAUUUGAGGUGGGGUUGGAUUCUGUGCUCUCCAGUUUAAUUGGUUGGACAGACAAAAGAUGUCAUUUGGGCAGUGACAGCCAAUCAGAACAGCUUCUGGGUCUGCAUUUAAAACACCAUCACCUCUGUGAACACUUAUUCCAUUCUGAAGAUUGUGCAAAAGUAGGUUCGGGCUUGUUAUGAAUACACAUGGGACUCUCAAAGGAUGCUGGGCAAGCGUGACAAAUUAUGUCAUGGUUGUGAUACACAGAUGCUUUAUAAUAUGUUGCUAAGAUUGAAAUUCACUGUCUAUUUACCUGGUGAUUUUGUCUGCAAAAAGGGAGAAAUUGGCCAGGAGAUGUAUAUUGUGAAGUAAGAAGUCCAAGUUCUUGGAGGCUCUGAUGGUGCUCAAGUUCUGGUCACUCUGAAAGCUGGAACAGUGUUUGGAGAAAUCAGCCUUCUGGAAGCAACAGGAGGAAACUGCCAAACAGCCAACAUGGUGGCUUAUGGCUUUGCCAAUCUUUUAACUCUGGAUGAGAAGACCCUGCCAGAAAUUCUAGUGCAUUAUCCAGAUUCUGAAAAGCUCCUCAUGAAGAAAGUCAGAUACCACCUUUAAAACCCCAUUCAAGAAGAUGCUUCUCAAAAGAAGGCUCCAGCCACAGGGGCGACCUCACCAACAAAAGAACUUGCCUUCCUCUUUCCACCAAAACCAGAGACACCCAAAAUGUUAAAAGCUCUCCUGGGAGGCACAGGCAGAGCUGGCUUUGCAUGACUGCUCAGACUGAAGACAGAGCAAACCAUUCAGCUAAGUAGGGAGAACGGAGGCUGUAAUCCAGGGGUUGCCUACCUCCAGGCCACAGACUAUCAAUCCUCAUUAUUUGUGGAUUCUAUAUUUGCAAAUCUUCCUGGUCACUACUCUUUGCUUGUAACCCCAAAAACCAAUACUCACAGUGCUUCUGUGGUCAUCUGCAGAUUACACAGAUUCUUUGCAACUGUUUCUUCCAGAAAAACAGUGAGUACUCCAGAGGAGGAGAAAGGUAGAGGACAAGGAUGUGAAAAUGCAGGAAGAGAGCCAGCAGAGAGACCACCAGACAGAUCCAGACAAAGAGCAGGAUUUGUCCUGGAAGAGAAAAGGCCCCAGCGGAUCAAAAGGGCAGCAUCACCCAGAGGAACUUUCAGUCACUCCCUCAUCAUCAGCAUGGCUCCUUCUGCUGAGACUGGGAAAGAGAUACUGACAAUUGAAGUCAAAGGAAAGGUUCAGCAUUAAAUGUCUGAUUACCUUAGAUGUAACCUCGCUAGUUCCCAGAGACAUUGUCCCCAGUAUGGUGGCUUUCAUUCAUGAUGGACAAAGAUCUGGGUGGGACCCUGAGAAGCCACAAUUCAAUCCUGGGCUUUAUUUCUAGAACAUAGAGUGUCUUAUGCAGUGGUAACAAGAUUAUUAAGAAACCAUCCCUAUUCUCUGUUCAUUAGCUCUGUGCAGUGGGUAAUCUUUUUCUGCUUUCUUUUUUCUUGAUGAUGUUUCUUCCCUUCAUUUGAUUAUCUUAGUCUUGGCUCUAACUCACUAACAUUUUGUCUUAAAAAUAUUUGUGUGUGUGUGUGUGUGUGUGUGUGUGUUAAAGUCUUGUAUGGUGCUUCUAGUAUCUCUUAAAUGUUCUGUGUAUAUGAAUAUUAACUCCUGCAGGGAAGCAGAGAUGCUGGGGAGUCCAUGGAUGUGAGCUGCCCCUGUAGAACCACCCCUGGAAGCCAGGUUCCUCAACAAGACUCACAGCCCUGAGAAUAUCACACUGCAGUAACAUGCUGGAGAAGCCAUGCCCUUUGUUGGAGAUGCGAACUCCAAUGUUUUCCCUCAGACCAGCUGAAAAGUCAGCAGUCUGCUUCAGUGGCCUGGCCCCACAUACUCAGAUGGCAGGAAUCAGAUCAUUUCCAACUUCUUGGAAGUAAAACGGACAUUUCUCAGAACCUUUCUUAAGCAUUUGCUUCAAAAGGUGCCAGAUUUGAUCAUCAGCAUUAGUAAGAAGUGAUGAGGGUAGGAAGACAGACUGUACACAUGUCAGACUGACAUAGCUCUAUAAUUUGUGGAACCUACAUAUGUAGCUGUUUACAAAAUCUCUGAGUUCAUAAGGUACACUUUAGGAAGUUGUCCUCAUGAGUCAGCUAGCAUUAACAUAAUUACUAGAGUCUUGUGAAGUGCAGUGCAGAGGCUAAGAAGCCAAACUAAUAUCAGAAGUAAUAACACAUAUACAAUUCCAUUCUAAUAAAUGCCAUUAGUAUACAACAUUAAGUUCUGUAUAAUAAGCCUAUUUCCAAGCCUCAGUAGAUGGACACUGAAUAGCAUUUUGCUGAAAGGGCUUUGACAAAUUCUAUUAUCCAGAAUGCCUAAAACAUAGAUGCAUUUAGCAAACAAUGUAUAUAUAAAUCAAUCACUAUAGUAAAAUGCAGCAUUUAGUAGAGUCACCAUUUUUAAAUCUUGUGUUAGAGUAUCACAAAAAUAUGCUGUGUUAUAUAAAAGGUUGGUUGAUGUUUUCAGGGUUUAAGCAAGGGUGUCCAAACUUUUGGGAUAUCUGAGUCACACUGGAAGAAGAGUUGUUUUGGGCCACACAUUAAAAAUAUUGCAACAUGUAACUACAAAAAAUUCUCAUAAUGGUUUAAGUAAAUUUAGAAUUUUGUGUUGGGCCACAUUCAUAGCCAUCCUGGGCCACAUGCAGCCCAUCGGCCACUGGUUGGACACCCCUGGGAGGAAUGUAGAGAAAUUAUUAAAGAGUACUUUCUUGAUAAAAGAGCAUUUAUGCAUAGAAAGAGUGAUUAGAAAGCCAGAAAGAAAAUGUGAAAAUAAGGCCUGAAAGAGUCUAAUAAUGGGAGGAGG